AGGUGGGGCAUUCCCCGGUAUGCGUCUGAGUCAAACCGUUCUCCUCCUCCAUUCCGCUCUUAUCAUUUCAGAAGUGGCUUCGAGUGGUGCAUUAGCGAUUAUUUGUGAAUGUGUGUCAAAUAAUUUUAAAACAAGUUUGUGUGGUGAUUGAACCUCGGCUCGGGCUCGUUGCUCACGUACACUGCGAGACCCGGCGAAGAACGCGAAUUUGUUUCCCAAUCAGUGAGUGCUGAAGAUGAACGCGUUUCGCGCUCUUUUUCUGUUCGCGUGUGCGUUAAUUUCGCACUCGUCCACGCAAAAAGCGUCGUCGUCGCCGCCGCUCGCCGUCGUUCCGCUGCAGACCGAUGAGAAUAGCGCCGACAUUGAAACAUCGUCCACUGCCCCCUUUCUUCCAAUCACGCUCCUUCCGUUCACUCAACUGGCCCACGGCUUACGUUCCGGCCCGAUAACAAUAAUCGACCCACGGACGUUUUUCAUUCAAGACUUGCACUACGAUGGUAAAGGUCCCGACGCGCAUUUUUGGGUGGGAAAGGGAACGUGGCCCUCCGGCGAUGGUAUUUUGGUACGAAACGAGAACCAGUCCUCCUUGCCCUUGCCGGCGUAUACAGGGCAGAACGUGACAAUAACGCUUCCCGGCUCCCUUACCUACAACAAAAUCGAUUACCUGGCGAUGUGGUGUAUAACUUUCAAGCACAACUUCGGACACACCUUUAUUAGAAGGAGACCAUCGACAGAAUACGGGGUGCAACUUGCCCCCUUCACGAGACUGGCGCACGGUUUACGAUCGGGUCCCAUCGUGGCCGUCGACAAAAAGACCUUCUUCGUGUCCAACCUGCACUACGACGGUAAAGGUCCCGACGCGCACUUUUGGGCGGGAAAGGGGCCGGAACCGUCGACCGAUGGCGUCUUGGUGCCCGACGAGAACGGCUCGAGCAAAUCGCUCUCUGAGUACACCGGCCAGAACGUCUACGUCACUCUCCCCGGCGAACUAACGACCGACUCGAUCGACUACUUUGGACUGUGGUGCAUACAGUUCAAGCAAAACUUUGGCCACACCACUAUCCCGAAGAACGUCACGAUACCGGAACCGAACGGAAAUCCCUUGUAUACGCACGACAAUCGCCGAAUAAUUCGCGUCCAAAAGUGCUGCGCGCUGAACCAGGUCUUAUUGGAGGGCGGUUGCGGGUCGAGCGAAGAGCGCUUUAAUCCGCCGAUGAACGUGCACGAGCACAAUUCGAGCCAUAUUGACGACGAGCCGAUCGCAGCCGAAUCGAUUGAGUUUGUGCCGUUCGUGCAGGCGAUCACCUGCAGCCAUCAAAAGUAUCCCCUAGAUCCCGAAGAGGAGUCUUUUCCGCUUAUGAAGAACGGUUCUCUAAUGGUACUCAACACGCAGAAUAUACUAUCGAUGGACAACUACUGCAUUGAAACUGUGAAUUUGGGCGACGAAGCUGGGAGCAGAUGGGUAACUACCGCCAUACUGUGCUUCAGUAGCGGUAACGUGCCACUUUCUAGCACAUUUUUUGUAAUUUACGCAGUAGGUAUCAUCCUUUCGGCAGCUGCACUAAUACUAACAGCGCUAGUAUUCUUAGUGGUAAAAGAAGUUAGGGACGCCAGAGGCAAAUGCAUCGUGUUUUAUUCCAGCUCGAUGGCCGUCGCCUUUAUCUGCCUUGUAUCCGCACAAUUCUCCGGGAUCGACAAGACAAGAUGCAGAGUGAUUGCAUUCAUCGUCCAAUUCUUCUUGGUGUCGUCGUUUACCUGGUUGACGAUGGUCAGUAUUGAAACUUACUGCAAAAUCGUACUCCACAACAAAGAGGCGUACACUCAGGAUGGGAAACGAUUGCGAAUUUACUUGGGAGUCGGCCUUUUGGUGCCGCUACUCACGUUGAUCAUUUCGCUAUUGAUCGACUUAAUACCCGAUAUACCAACUACAGUUUUAAAGCCUCACUUUGGACGAAACAGUUGCUGGUUUGAUGAUAGCAAGGAGUCUUUGCCGUACUUCUACGCGCCAGUUGGAAUUGCGAUUCUGGUCAAUCUAAUGGUAGCGAUACUCUCGAAAAUAACACUACUCCACUUCCAGAAGACGUUGCGUGCUGAUGUCAACUGGAAGACAUUAGAGGGUGAACUCAAGCCGAUGUAUCGAUCGUGCGUCUUCCUCCUGAUAUUAAUGACGCUGUGUUGGGUAACGGAGAUAAUAUCCUCGGUGCUACAAAGUACCGAAGGUUUCUGGACGGCCAUUGAUAUUAUCAACUCGCUCCAGGGAGUGAUAGUUUUCAUAAUAUUCGUAGCGCACAGACCUGUCAGUAACAAGCUGUGCAAGAAACGAAGGAAAAGGGAGGACGCGGAGGAGACUCAAUUUCCGCUUCAAGGCAGACAAGAGUCUUUAUUAGCUAACGGUCAUAGAGAGACUAACCAAGACUUUUUAACGACGUUACAUAGAGUUGAUAGCACUGAGUUGGAGUGACACGGGUACUUUUUAGUGUAGCUUUUGUGUCUGUGGCUUGUUUUUAUUUAUUUAUU